AUGACGAAUUGCGGCACGUCUAUUUUGAAAACCGCUAAAGCUGCCGAAUGCAGUAAGCAGGCGGUUAAAUAUAUCCGCUCCAACCUGCGGAAAGCAAAAGAGCAGAAUUCUGAUCUAUGCAAUGAAUAUAUCCAUGACAUAUCUGAAUUUAAGACAUACCAACUGGUGUUUAUUAAUGAAUCUGGAUGUGACAGGCGGAUAGGAUUCAGACGCAUGGGCUGGGCCCCUAGUAGUAUUGCACCAGUUCAAGUACCUAGUUUCAUCGCGAUUAACAUUACCAAAUUCUCCCUGCAUACUCCUAAGAUGGUAUUGUCUUGUUCCACAUCUUCAAACGCACAACAGACGCAGUUGUCUUUGAGGAGUUCAUUGAAGAUCUCCUUCGGUACUGUAGGAAGUACCCAGAGGAAAGGUCCGUGCUUGUAA